AUGUCAUUCACCAUGGCUCGAUAUCAUGCGUCAGACAGUCACUUCGAGUUGAGCUCGGCAAUUGCUAAGGAACACACCGUUUGUGACAAGAGCAACGUAUCUUCAUCCAACAAAGAUGCCAUUGAACUUGCCAGAAUCGGAAAAAAAGAGGUUUUAAAGACCCCCGAUGUUGACUUCACUCUUAGCGGCGGCCCUGCCGGACUGGUAUAUGGAUAUAUUGGUGUCUGGAUUGGCUUUGUGAGCAUUUUCGUCGCAAUGGGAGAAUUGGCAAGCAUGUUCCCUUCGGCCGGAGGACAAUAUCAUUGGGCAUUUCUUCUUGCUCCCAGGUCAUCCCGGCGAUUCUUAAGUCACGUUACCGGCUCCAUCUGUAUACUAGCAUGGACUGCAGGUCCAACAGCAACUAUCUUUCUGGCGGGCAGUGUUCUGCAAAACGCUGUCGCAAUGAAUAUCCCCGAGUAUGACCCUAAAGGCUGGCAUGUCACAUUCAUAAUGUGGGGGGUCUUGCUCAUCUGCACGGUUUUGAAUACAUGGUUGGGCAUGAUCUUGCCGGUCAUUGAAGUGUUCAUUCUCAUCGUUCAUGUGCUUGGUUUCUUCGCCGUCUUGAUCCCGCUCGUCUAUCUCGGUCCGCGGGCUGAUCCACGCUCUGUCUUCACCCUGUCAUUCAAUUAUGGUGGUUGGCAUGACAUUACUCUCGCAACGUUCAUCGGUCUCAAGGGAACAGUUGCUGCCUUCCUAGGCACGGACGGCGCCGUUCAUAUGGCCGAAGAAGUCGCGAACAGCAGUAUGGUCGUACCACAAUCCAUGGUCCUAUCGAUCUUGAUCAACGGCCUCCUCGGGUUCGGCAUUCUGAUCGCAUUUCUCUUCACCGCGGGAGAUCUAUCCGCGCUCAUCCAAUCCAACGCCGCGUACCCAUUCAUGGACAUCCUAGCCAACUCGACCAAAAGCAAAGGCGCUGCAAUCGUUCUCUCCAGCAUGAUGGCCAUCCUCCAGGCUUGCGCAGGAGUCGGCGCCAUCUCGUCCGGUAGUCGCAUGCUGUGGUCUUUCUCGCGCGAGCGCGCCAUUCCAGGCUGGCGAUGGAUCCGUCAAGUCAACUCCCGAACCUCCGUCCCCUUCCACAGCACCUGCAUCAUCGUCAUCGCCGUCGGCCUCCUUAGCCUGAUCAACAUCGGCUCCUCUAUCGUCCUCAACAUCAUCCUCUCCCUCGUCCUGGAGGGCUUCUUCGCCUCCUACCUCAUCUCCCUCUCCCUGCUCCUAUACCGCCGACUACGGAACGACAUCGCCUUGCCGCGCGACGACGCCGGCGGCGACAGCAGCCGUCCCAGCCCGAAACCUUUCUUAUGGGGACCCUUCCGAGUAGACGGCUGGAUCGGAGUCGCAAACAAUAUCUUUGCCAUUAUCUUCACGGUCAUAAUGAUGUUCUUCGGGUGCUGGCCGCCCAUGACAAAUCCCAAGCCGGCGGAUAUGAAUUAUAGUAUCGUUAUCUUCGGCGGGGUUACUAUCCUAGCGGUGGUGUAUUAUCUGGGUUGGGCGAGAAAGUAUUAUCAUGGGCCUGUGAUUGAGGUGUAA